CGGGCCGAGAACGGGCAGACGCGAGGAAAGGCUGGUGCCGGGCGGCGGCGGAGGCGGAGGCGGAGGCGGAGGCGGAGGAGAAGAGAUGGCGGCACCUCCGGUGAGGGCGCGCGCAGACUAUGACUACCUCAUUAAACUCCUCCUGAUCGGCGAUAGCGGGGUUGGAAAGAGUUGUUUGCUUUUGCGCUUCACUGAUGAUUCUUUCACCACUAGUUUUAUUACCACAAUAGGGAUUGACUUUAAGAUCAGGACAAUUGAGCUUGAUGGGAAACGUAUUAAGUUGCAGAUAUGGGAUACAGCUGGUCAAGAACGUUUCCGUACAAUUACUACAGCUUAUUACAGGGGAGCAAUGGGUAUUUUAUUGGUUUAUGAUGUCACUGAUGAGUCUUCUUUCAACAACAUUAGGAACUGGAUUCAUCAAAUUGAGCAGCAUGCAUCUGAUAAUGUUAACAAAAUAUUGGUCGGCAACAAGGCUGACAUGGAUGAGAGCAAGCGGGCUGUCUCUACAUCACAGGGCCAGAUGCUAGCUGAUGAGUAUGGCAUCAAAUUUUUUGAGACUAGUGCAAAAACAAACUUCCAUGUCGAGCAAGUCUUCUUCUCGAUUGCUAGGGAGAUUAAGCAAAGACUAACGGAGAGUGACUCUAAGGCUGAGCCCCAAACCAUUAAAAUCAGUAAACCAGAUGCAACCUCUGCCCCCAGUGCUGCUGAGCAGAAAUCAAGUUGCUGUGGUUCCUGAAUGAUUUAUCAACCAAAGUGAGACUGCUUGGUGUUUCUUGUGCACCUGUGCUUUCUCAUGUAGUUGGGGCAAGCUGUCCGGUAUAACUGAGGCAUUAUAGCCAGCACCUUUUUCUACUGUCUUUAAACCAGUCUGAGAGUUGUAUGCUCCCAUCAGUUAGCCGAAUUUGAAUCCACAAAUGAUCGUACUGUGCUGGCGUCUAGUGUUGCUACCUGUUCCUUCCCUGUGCUCUUUUUAUUACUGUUAUUUUUUUUCCCUCUUCCCUCUUUUCUUUUGCAGCACUCUUAUGUAUGGUUUUGACCAUGAGCAAAAAGUUCGUUGUAAGUGAAAUAUAUCUCCAAGAAGUAAAAUACCGUUGGUUUAACUGCAAUGGUUGGACG